UCCGCUGUGUUUGUGUUGACAUGAAGGAACUUAUCAGAAACGUUUAGUCGUUUUUUAGCUUCACAACACAGAAGAGGAACGCUUUAAUCAAAAACCCUUUACUUUCCGUCAACUCUCCGAAGUCCGGUGCACAGAAUGGGUAACGUAGGGUCCCCUCCCCCUGUCAUCGCUGAGGCUCCUGGUUUCUCCCUUGAGGCUGAUGUCGGCUGUGAUGUGGAAGGUGGUUCAUCUGAGGAAUGUAGCGCAUUACAGGAAAGUGGAGGAGUUUGUGUCUUUGGUCGCUGGAGUCAUUCCUGGCAUCCUGGCAGACACACAGAUGCGACUGCUGAAGCUGGGCUUAAGAGCCAAAGUGAUGGUACAGAUGUUAAACUCUGAGCCAUCAGACGAUCUGAGUCGCGUCAGAACCCAGUUGGAUGACCUGAGUAUAAGUAGCUCAGGACAGAUAAAUCCAAGAAAUGAAGCUCCUGAGGCCAACUUUGUUCAGCUUGUUCACAAACUCCUGGAUGAUUCAAAACUGAGAGAACAUUACCUUAAGAACGUGUUUCCUGUAGAGUAUGGGCCUGAAUUUGAUGAAGCACUGGAAACUCUGAUUUGCACCUUGGCUCACAAACUGGAAGAGCUGUUCAUUGUUCCAGACUUCAUGCAGACUGCAGCAUGGAUAGGUGACAUAUCAUCUGUGCUGGAAAAGGAUCUGCUGUGUCAAACCAAAGCUGAGGACCUCAAGGUGUUGCUCAAAAACAAAUCGUGUUUUUGUGAGAUAACCAGCAUAGAUUCCAGUGUGUCAUCUCCCUCAGAGCAACGGCUCUUUAAGUCUUUAACUCUUCCUGCCUCAUUAAGUGCCAAAGAUGUGGACUCUAACAUGAUCAUAUUUGAUGACCAGUCUAAGGUGAACUCUCUUCCAGAGGCCACAGGUUUUCACCUGCAGGAUGUUAGUCAACCAUCUCAGAAGACGUCUGACAAACUAAACGGCAGCAAUACAGGGAAAACAACACAAGAGAAUCACCAGGAGGGUGUUCCUGGCGUUCACGUUGAGGACGGACAUGAUGGCCGUGCUGCAGCCACCUCCCAGGCGCCAUCUGCAUCUGUUGAGAGCUCGCUCACAUCGAGCUCUUUGAUUGGGCCACAACGGCAGAGAAUUGCACAUAAAUGCGCUCAGUGUGGAAAGUGCUACAUUUACCGUUAUGAGCUUCUGGAGCAUCAGCGACUGCACACUGGAGAGAAUCCUUACAAAUGCUCACAGUGCGGGAAAGCCUUCAGGAGGACGUCAGAUCUGUCAACCCACAGGCGGACGCAGUGCGCAAAAGCAGCGUAUAUUUGCAUCAAAUGUGAGCGAAGCUUUCAGUCUAUACAGGAGAAAUUUAGGCACCAGUGUGUUCACAGCGUCAAAAGCUUUGACUGCUCUCAGUGUAGUAAAAGCUUUAAGAAGAUGUACCUGCUGGGGAAGCAUGAGCUGACCCACAAGAAGAACCGAAACUUCAGAUGCAAACAGUGUGGAGAUGUGUAUCCCAGCAUGAGCGAGCUGAAGUCCCAUCAGAAGGCUCAUCCUCCGCAUCCUCCAGAGCUGUCCACUCAGUGUAAGCAGUGCAGGACGUUUUCCAGCUCCGUCGCCUGUUUGACAGCUCACAAGCUGCGGCACAAACAACAGAGGACUCAGAUGUGCGUGCGGUGCGGCAAAGCAUUCAAGAACAAGCACCACCUGAACCUCCACAUGCGCAGCCACACAGGCGAGAGGCCCUUUCAGUGCACGUACUGCGGGAAACGGUUCUCCAUGUCCGGCAAUCUCAACAUACACGUGAGGACUCACACGGGGGAGAAGCCAUAUCUGUGCUCUGACUGCGGAAAGGCCUUCGUCUCAGCCGGCGAGCUGCAGAUACACCGGCGCACCCACACGGGGGAAAAGCCAUACAAGUGCUCUGUGUGUGGGAGAGGAUUCACCAAGGCAAGCAAAGUGACGCUUCACAUGCGCGUUCACACCGGCGAGCGCCCGUAUGUGUGCUCGGAGUGUGGGAAAGGAUUUUCACGUAGCAGCGAACUUAAAAAACACACCAUGAAUCACACAGGGGUUCGACCUUACGCCUGUCAGCUCUGCGCAAAGACCUACACAUGCCUCAAUCACCUUAAAAGACACCUGAAAACCCACGAUGCCACUCAAGUGCAGACUCUGUGAUGUCUGACAUCAGUGGAGUUUUCCUGCAACAGGCCUCAACUUGCUGGUAUUUACUACAUGUACUGUGUAAAAGAGUUCACCCAGACACUUUGUUGUGAUUCCUAUGUUCCAGAAAUGAUUGUUGAAUCCUGUCACUUACUUUUGCCUUAAUUCCAUUAAUGGGGUCUGAAACUCUGUGUAAUGCUUCUGGUGAAGUCCAUUAUGCAUCAAAUUCAUGUCUCAAUAAAUGAAAUUAUUAGU